AUGCUAAAAACUCAGGACACGGUUCCUCAACUCCUGGCGCACAGACAAGAGAACCUGAAGAAACAGUGCCAAGAGUUCAAGUGGAGUGUAUAUGCUCCGGGAUUACCUCACACUGUGCUCGCUACAUCUCCACAUGAGUUGCCAGCUGAGGUCAGAUUCUCUUUCACCAGAGAAAAAGAAUUCCAGUUCACCUCGGGUGCAGCUUUCACGAAGCUGAAACUGGAAAACCCUUUAAACGGCACCUGGAGCAGCUUUGAAGAGAUCAAUGAGAUUCUCUCCGAGAAGCCGAGGAUUUACGAAUAUGUGGAAAACAACUGGAUGACGGAUGAAUUCUUUGCAUACCAGUUUCUAAAUGGUCUGAAUCCCAUGAUCAUCAAGUGCUGCUCAAAACUGCCAGAGAAAUUCCCGGUCACCAAUGAAAUGGUUAAAAGUUUUUUACCAGGCACGAGCACGUUGGAAUCAGAAAUGAAGAAGGGAAAUAUCUUCAUCUGUGACUACGAAAGACUGAGAGACCUUGAGGGAAAUGAGAUCAGCAAUCAAAAGCAGUAUCUGGCUGCUCCGCUCUGUCUGCUUUUCAGCACUCAGGGCAAACUGAUGCCAAUUGCCAUCCAGUUGAACCAGCAGCCUGGACCAGGGAAUCCCAUCUUUCUGCCCUCCGACUCUGAGAGUGAUUGGUUGUUGGCGAAGAUCUUUGUGAGAAAUGCAGAGUUUAAUGAACAUGAGCUGAACUUCCAUCUGCUGCGCACUCACCUGAUGGGGGAGGUCUUCACUGUGGCCAUGAUGCGCAACUUGCCUUCAUGUCAUCCCCUGUUUAAGCUCCUGAUACCUCACACUCGCUAUAAUCUCCAGAUCAACAUCUUGGCCAGGAGUCUGCUGAUCUCAGAGGAUGGGGCUUUCCCUAAGUUCACUGCCAUUGGGAAUGAGUCUAUGACCACUUUCCUGAAAAGAGCAGCCUCUUCUCUGACGUACAGCUCCCUCUGCAUUCCGGAUAAUAUCAAGGAGAGGGGGUUGGAGACGAUUCCCAAUUACUUCUACAGAGAUGAUGGUCUGGAGCUGUGGGACAUCAUUUACAAGUUUGUGUCUGGAUUUGUGUCGCAUUACUACAGAGAUCAAGACGUCAAGGACGACAACGAGCUGCACUCAUGGCUCACUGAGAUAAGAGAAAACGGCUUCCUGGAACGCAGUGAAGCUGGAUUUCCCAAGUCUUUCGGCACCGUCAAAGAGCUGGUGAAGUUCAUCACCAUGGUGAUCUUUACUGUGUCUGCUCAACAUGCUGCGGUCAACAGCGGCCAGUUUGAAUUCGGGGGAUUUAUGCCCAACUUUCCAAGCUCUCUCCGAUGUCCACCACCCAAGCAAAAAGGAGAAACCACCAUGGACUCUGUUCUUGAGGCCUUACCUGACAUCAGCACCACGAUUAACACCAUUGCUGUUGUGUACUUGCUGAGCCAGGAGUCUGCUGAUCGGUAUCCGCUUGGACAUUACCCCGAGGAGCUGUUCAGUGAGGAGGUGCCGCUGAAACUGAUAGCACAGUUCAAAAGUGCUCUGCAAGAUCUUGAGAUGAAAAUCGAUAACAGGAACAAGAAGCUUGCUCUGCCGUACACAUACCUGAAUCCACGAAAUGUGGAUAACAGUGUUGCCAUUUAGAAUGAGGGUCUUUGAUUUGACCAUGUGUUUCUCUGUAGGCCUUAAACACACCUGUCUGUUUAUUGUGCAGUGCCUUAAUACUGUCAGUCCACUUAACAUGAGAAAAGCAGGCCAUGAAAAGCUAUAAAUUAUUUAAACUAUGAAA